AUGGCAAAAACUGUUGGAGUGAUAGUAUUACAUAAAUUUCAUAAUGUAGAGGAUCUUAAAAGAAUGCAAUUAAUUUCAGGGAUCGAAUGGAACUAAACCUUGUUUGAUUGCUAUUGCGUUUACUGAUUAAAAGGAUCUGCAGUAUCUUAAUCCUGUUCUUUAUUUAAUGAAAUCAUCAAGUCUUGUCAACUAUUUUCAGAUUUGGAUUUCUUAAUAAUUUUUCUUGUGA